CCCCGCCACCGUCCCAAUUGUAUUCCCUGGAAGAGCGGCCGGAAAAGCCUCCGCCUGCUCAGACCGGGAAAAGCGAGAAGCUGGUUCCUUCUCGCAGCCCGCUCUUUGAGCUCCGGAACCACCGCGGCGUCCCGCACCGCAACCCCGAAGGCCUCCAGCACCGCCCGGGCCCAGUUCCCAGCCAGGCGCGGCUUCAGCACCACGGACAGCGCCCCGCCCGCGGCCCUCAGGCCCGCGGCGCGCUCCGGCGGGUCUAGGCGAGGCCGCGAGCUAUGCCAGCAGCAUGGCCAGGCGCUCCGGCCCCAUGGCGUUGCUCCUCGGCCUCGGCCUCCUCGGGCUGUGCUCAGGAGUCUGGGGUACGGACACAGAGGAGCGGCUGGUGGAGCAUCUUCUAGAUCCUUCCCGCUACAACAAGCUUAUCCGCCCAGCCACCAAUGGCACUGAGCUGGUGACAGUCCAGCUCAUGGUGUCACUGGCCCAGCUCAUCAGUGUGCAUGAGCGAGAGCAGAUCAUGACCACCAAUGUCUGGCUGACCCAGGAGUGGGAAGACUAUCGCCUCACUUGGAACCCUGAGGAGUUUGACAACAUGAAGAAAGUUCGACUCCCUUCCAAACACAUCUGGCUCCCAGAUGUGGUCCUCUACAACAACGCUGAUGGCAUGUACGAGGUGUCCUUCUACUCCAACGCCGUGGUCUCCUAUGACGGCGGCAUCUUCUGGCUGCCCCCCGCCAUCUACAAGAGCGCCUGCAAGAUCGAAGUGAAGCACUUCCCAUUCGACCAGCAGAACUGUACCAUGAAGUUCCGCUCGUGGACCUACGACCGCACCGAGAUCGACCUGGUGCUCAAGAGUGACGUGGCCAGCCUGGACGACUUCACCCCCAGCGGCGAGUGGGACAUCGUGGCGCUGCCCGGCCGGCGCAACGAGAACCCCGACGACUCCACUUACGUGGACAUCACCUACGACUUCAUCAUCCGCCGCAAGCCGCUCUUCUACACCAUCAACCUCAUCAUCCCCUGCGUGCUCAUCACGUCGCUGGCCAUCCUGGUCUUCUACCUGCCGUCCGACUGCGGCGAGAAGAUGACGCUGUGCAUCUCCGUGCUGCUGGCGCUCACCGUCUUCCUGCUGCUCAUCUCCAAGAUCGUGCCGCCCACGUCCCUCGACGUGCCGCUCGUUGGCAAGUACCUCAUGUUCACCAUGGUGCUGGUCACCUUCUCCAUCGUCACCAGCGUGUGCGUGCUCAACGUGCAUCACCGCUCACCCACCACGCACACCAUGGCGCCCUGGGUCAAGGUCGUCUUCCUCGAGAAGCUGCCCACCUUCCUCUUCAUGCAGCGGCCGCGCCACCACUGCGCCCGCCAACGCCUGCGCCAGCGGCGGCGCCAGCACGGGCGCGAGGGCCGCGGGGCCGUGCUCCUCCGCGAAGCGCCCGGCGCCGACUCCUGCACGUGCCUGGUCAACCGGGCCUCGGUCCAGGGCCUGGCGGGGGCCUUUGGGGCAGAGCCCGCGCCCGCCGCCGGCCCGGGGCGCUCCGGGGGGCCGUGCGGCUGCAGCCUCCAGGAGGCCGUGGAUGGCGUCCGCUUCAUCGCGGACCACAUGCGGAGCGAGGACGACGACCAGAGCGUGAGUGAAGACUGGAAGUACGUUGCCAUGGUGAUCGACCGCCUGUUCCUCUGGAUCUUUGUCUUUGUCUGUGUCUUUGGCACCAUUGGCAUGUUCCUGCAGCCUCUGUUCCAAAACUACACCACCGCCGCCUUCCUCCACGCAGACCACUCGGCUCCCAGCUCCAAGUGAGGCCCCAGCUCCGUGCUCCGUCUUCCCUUGGCCCUCUGUGGUACGAUAGUUUCGGGCGGAGGAGGAACGAUAAGCUACCAGGAAGAGGGGCGCUGCCCCCAAAGAUCCAUGCUUUCAUGGCACCUGGAGCCCCUCCCCCAUCCCUCAGCCCCCACACAGCCAGCCCCACCUGGAGGCUGGACCAGCUGCUCUCUUCCUCCUGUACCAACCCCGGCACCAGUAUUGCUGGGGUAGGAUGAAGGCUGAGAAGUGCAGGACGGAGAUGAUGUCGGAGCCUUGCAGUCUGAGGAAAGUGUGAAGGGGAAGGGGCCGAGAAGGGGACAGAGUCAUCCGCUGCCUCCACAGCAUGGCAAGGGGCAGGUGGGAGGAGCGGGGAGGGACAUGGGAUGGCAGCUCAGAUGGGAGCCGGAGGAGAGAGGCCUGGGUGACCGGCUGUCUGCCCUGCUCCAGUGGACAGCAGCUAGGCUGGGUGGGCCCCACGGCGGGCAGAGGCUCCUGCCAGAGGGCUAGCCUGGCGCUGUGGUCAGACUCCCGGGGGAAGCUUCCAGCCCCGUCCGACAGCCCCGUCUUCUAAGGGGUCCGGAGCUCAGCCCCAGGUGCCCUCCUCCUGGUGAAGAAUCCUCUGCCCCCCAGACUUCCCUCUCCUUCCUCACUUGGCCAGGGUGUGGUGGGCAAGGCUGGGUAUUGGGAACCUUUGAGCUCGGAGUCUUUGCGUGACCUGCUUGGAGCCUGAGGUCUGAGUACUUUGUGUGAGGAGGGCCAGCUCCCAGGCUGGUUUUACCCCCAGCUGAACUGGCCGGCUGUUUGAAGUAAGUAAAGAAAGGAUGUCAGCUGUAAGCAGAGCCAGCCUUUUUGCCUGCAGUAGAGCUGGCUGCCAGGAGAGGAGAGAGCUGGAGGUGGAGGCCAGCGGGGUGGAUGGGGGUGAGGGGUGGCCCCCCACUGCUCUGCUCUGUCCUCUUCCGGCUCUGUUCUGCCCUGCCAAUGGCUCCCUGGAGGCUGUAUUCUGACGCUGCUCCCAGGGGGCAGCUGGAGGCCACCUGGCCUGUUAUCCCAGGAAACAGACCUUAUGGGAUCUUCUGUCCCCGCCCCUGCCACGUGACCAGCUCUGAUUUAUGGUCCCCACCUGUGCUCAGUGCCUGGCCAGCAGGUGGCCAGUCACAGACGGGCCAGUCUGCCAAGUGCACCGAGGUGCCUGCCCGACAGCCCUGCUGUUCUCCGGAGCCCAGCUGGAGGCCUGCUUCUCCAGGCACAGCAGAGGUGGGGGUGGGGGUGGGGGUGGGGUGCAGGUGAGCGGGAGGACACCCAGUGUCUGCAGAGCGCUGCCCAAGAAUCACAGCCUGGGUUCUAGUCCCAGCUCUGCCACUUACUCAGCCAACUCCCGCAAGUCUCCGCCUGCUAGGUCUCAGCUGCCUCGUCUAUAAAAGGGGGACAGUGACGCCCUCUGUAUGGGGUUGCCGUGAGGAUGCUGUGUUGGUGAGAAAGCCCAGUGCUCUCCCUGGCACAGAGUACAUGCCCCACGAGUGUGGAGGCUGAGAGGCAGUCAGAGCCGGUGGGAGUGGGGUCACCUGUCAUGUCAGCCUCCCCCAGACCUUCCCUUACCCGAGCAAACCAACUCCUCCAGACAAGGCCUGGAUCUGCGGGAGCCGAGAGCGGCAGGGACUGCUCGCUGAGUCUGGUGGGUGGGUCUCUCUCUGGAGGCUGAGCUCUGGCCUUGGCCUUGGACUCCCUCUGGGUCAGUUCCUCCCCAAUGCAGGUGUGUGCCGGGGGCCCCAGGCAGAUCUAAUUCUAUACUGGCAGCGAGAACGUCACUGGGGUGGGAGCCAGCAGCUGUGGGAGAUGUCCCCCGCGCAUUCACCCACCUGCGGGAAUGGGCUUAUGGACCUCUAUUCUGGGGGAGGCAGUGUCUCGGCUCCACAGAGACUCCUAGAACAGCAAAUUGAGAGCUGCCUGCACUACGCCUGGACCCACCUUGAACUCAACCCCGAGGAAACAUCCCGGAGCCUGAAACAGCAACUGGAAAGGAGCCUUCCCCCUGAAAGGUGGGGUGCCGGCCGAGGGUCCUCCUGGCUCUCCCAGACUCCUGCCUGUCAGCCCUUCACUGGCUUUUAGAACGUGCCGCACGUGGCUGUGGUCCAAGGACGUCAGCAGAUGGCGCUAGAGGGGCUUAGCGAGCUGCGUGUCCAUGUCUGUCCCGUCACCUGCCCGACACAUGAGGAAACCGAGGCCCGGAGAUUGUUUGCUGCCUGACCUUGGAUAACACCUAACUCUGAACUUGUUCAUAACCACCUGUAAAGUGGGGGUGACAGAGCGGGCUGAGGGCUGCAGCAAGGAAGAGAGGGAUCGAUGCCCGUGAAGGGCUGACUGGGCAGGUACCCAGGGCAGUGCCAUCCCUCCAUCUCUGGCUUCAGCCCUUUGGGGGCCUCCCAGUAUGGAGGGGAGGGCAGACGUGGAGGGGGGAGGGCUCCGCUGCACCGGCCAGGUGUUACCAUGUGUCAAUACAGGGUUUGAACUCUCCCGGGCACCGGGAAGCGUGGGAGAACCGAGUCUCUUCCACUCGGGUCCUCUGUCCUCCCUGUGGUGUUGUCUUUGCCCCUGCUGUGGUGGAGCCCUCUCUGGAGAGGGUUGAGUAGCCAGCUCAGCACUGGGCAGGGACCCGAGGCCCCAGAUCUGAAGACGGAGGUAGAGAUACUGGAUUGGAACCCAGGGGAGACUAAGGGGGGCAGUGAGGAGCCGAGCUGGGGUGGUCUCCAUCAGGAACGGCAAGGCCACAGGCCAUCUGCUAGCCAUUCUUGUCUGGAAGGAGGGCCUGCACGGACUCUCCGCUUUUGACAGUUGGCACUGCCGCAGGAGGAAGGUGGUUUCCUGGCAGUGGGGUAGCUACUGGCACAGCUGCUACCAACUUAUGGACAAUUUAAAAGCAAACGAGACACGGGCAGCCCCCAGCGGGCCUUUUCUGCAGAGGAAGUGCCUGCGGGAGAAGGGCCAAGUCAAUCCCCUCUAAGGAAAUGGGGAGUGCUCUGUGGAGGUUUGGGGGCUUUGACCCCCUUUCUCAGUCUCCCCCCAAUUCCAGAAUUAGUUACUGUUUCCUGAGGGCUGCUGUGUGCCCCGUGCUUCAGAUGGCCGUCUGUUCCUCAAACCCUGCAGGGACGGGCCCUGUUGACAGAAAAGACCAGGCGCACAGAGGCCAAGUGGCAGCGGGGAGCAGUGCUGGGCGUGAAGCUUAAGGCCGACCCGAGUCCACACUCUCCCCGUGGCCUCAGGAGGUGGGAGGAAUGUGACGGGCAGUCAGGGUCUUCACUGAAUUCAUUCCCCAAGCCAGAGCGGACCCGGUUCCAGCAGUCACCCUCUGCUUCUAGGCAGAGGAGGGCUGGUGUCACAGCAUUCCUCACUGUCCCACUGGUGUCGGCUGCCUCCCUCUCCCCCACCCAGACCAGAGAACAAGCAGCCACCUUUAAAUAUUCAUCCCAGCAGGUCCGAGGUCAGCGAGAAUCACGUGGUUCCUAAGGGACUGUAGGUGGAGGAAUCGUUGGGACCUCACUGGGUGCCCCUCCCCCCACUGGCCUUGACCUUGGCCUCCCCUUGUCUGUGUCCCUGGAAUAUUUGCACUGGUCUAGCCCCCUCCAGGCCACUCAUUAGGAACUCAGGAUUCUUGUAAAGAAAAGUUGUUCCCAAACAAGUCUUGUCUGUUAUAUUGGGGGGGCAGAGGGACCUCAUGGGCCAGGGUUGGCGCACAUGGGAAAAACAGAGAAUGCUGGGAAAACUGCACUCAUGAGUCGUUUAUAGACAUCCCAAGGAUCUAAAGAAAAGGUCGGUGGUAACAGUUCAGUUAUUGUGAUUUAUUGCCCUCCAAGUCCAUUCGUUAAGAGAUGAAAUGGCCGGAUGGCUGGGCCUUUGGUAGACAGAGCCCAGCAAUGGCUCCUCGGAGGACCCUCUGUAAAGGGACCUGGAGGACGGGGAGAGGUGAGGACCAGUGUCCCGGAGGCAGGGAUGGCCACGGCCACCUCACAGCCCUGUGCCGUGACAGUGGUUUGAUCUGGGCCCCAACCCUGGAAAUGGUGUGAAGUCACGCACUCCCUCCACGAAAUGCAGGGUGAACAGCAGCUGGAACAGGCUGGAGAGAGGCCUGCUUCCUGGCCCCGCCGCCCGGGGAGGCUGGUGGGGAGGACGGCCUGGUCCCCUCUGCAGGCACUUGCUGUAGGCAUGAAGGAAACUAUCCGCUUGAUUUCUAGAUGACCAGGUCGCUACAUUCCCCUCCAUGUGGGACCAGGAGCUGCCUGAGAAUGAGGCGGGGGUGGGGGGGCUGCAGGCGCUUGAGGUUCCUGGUACGUCAUGCAGGCAGAUGCAUAUCCUUCUGCGUCUUUAAACUGUCCAGCUCACCCAGCACCAUUUCAACAGACUGAACAACAUGGGAGUUCUAGCCCCUCCUAAACGCCCCCAAAUACAUACGUACGUCACUGGCCUUCCUGCCGUCAGUUGUUACAUCUGUAUAAGGGAUGAGGGAAGGGGGCCUCUUUUUGACUUCCAGCCUCGCUGUUGUAUCAUUUUUAAAAGGUCAAGGAUGAGUAUCAUGGAAAUUCUGGACUAAAUGACAAUGUGGAAAGUGGUGCCUUCUUUUUGAAACCCAAGAUGGAGAAAUAUUCUGGAUGCUAUCGAUGAAGAAGCAAAUGGCCUGUCCCCUAAGACAGCAGCUGAGCCAGCCCUGUGACUUUGCUCCCAAUAUGCACCACCCUGCAGGACACCGGACGCCUCCCAUGGACCGGCUGUAGGAAAACCCCCCUCAGGACAGGUGGGAUUCUGUGUAUAAAUUGUGAUACUGUCUCAGUGGACGUUUUCCUACACUGGGCCUUGGAAUCUUGCUUAUCAAAUCUCUGGGGACAAGAUAGGGGUGGGCUCUGAUGGGGAAGGGAGGCCUGAUGUACCCCACCACAAGCUCACCUCCCACACCAGCCCAUCAAAACAGCGCCUUCCUGAAGGUCUCGGGACCGCCCUCUCCCCAAGUUCUGUCAGAUGCAGCUAGAAAUCCCUCUGUCCCCCUCCCCUGCAAGAAGCCAAGACUUAAAAGCUUUCUACCAAUUCUGAUUUCUUCUUUUUUAUUGAGGAAUGUAUGUUAGUCACUGUUUUGAAGGGACACAAAAGCGGAAUCCAAAAACUGCAGCCGUCACGGCUCCCGAGUCCAUCGAGCCUGGGCUUCUUCCCAUUCUGCUCUUGGGAGUCACUGCUAAGACCCCAAAAACCAACAAAGUCCCUUCGUGAAGGAAACAGCGUCAAGCAGCGACCAUUUUUACAAGUGAUUAUUCAAA